AUGUCUUCAUUAGACCACUACUAUGAGGUUGUGGAACCGUACUUAAGCCACGGAAACAAGACAGGAGAUCGGCAAUACUUGGCACACAUUCUACAAGCAUGGAGUCCCGAUAUCGACCCCGACAAUGACAUCGGCAGGGCCCUACACUGGGCCCUCUCCCACGCCGACGAUGCUGCUGUUCAGAUGAUGCUAGACGCUGGCGUGGACCCCAGUACGCGUGACAAGGAGGACCCCCGCUUCACACCACUCCUGUCCGCUUCGCAGUACGGCAGACUCGAGAUGGCACGUCUAUUUUGGGAACGAGUCGGCCCUGACGGACGCUUCAUUCCCAAAAAUAGAGGCCGACCUGGCCCUGACUGUCUACAGGUGGCUUCGAGGAAUAAUCAUGCGGAUCUCACUGCCUACUUCCUCGACGUGUGGAACGGCUGGGACAAUGAAGAGAAGGACAGAGCGCUACUUGACGCAGCAUCGGUCUGGUGCAACGACGUUGUGGAAGUUCUCCUAGGCCACCCCGGCGCUACAUACGGGCAGGAAAUUAUUCAAGAUGCUCUGAAAAGGGCGGCCGGGAAGAGGAUGAGUCUCCCCGAGUACGAAACAGAACCAGGGCCAACUGUUGCAGACACAACACGCCAACGGCAAGUGGUCGCCCGUCUCAUCGACGCAGGCGGGGACCCAAACAGCGAGGACUGCCGGUCUCGCCAGCCCCUCAUUCACACCACAGUGCUCUCCCCUGAAUGCAUCGGAGGCCUCAGAGGCCUCCUAGAAAAGGGGGCAAGCCCCAAUCGGCCAGACGCUCGAGGCAAGACGACUCUUCACCUCGUAUUCAGUCCACUCAGUCGCGAAGGCCCUGACAAUACUGCUGCUGAGCUUCUUCUUCUGCACGGCGCGCUUCCCGAGCUCCCAGACGAAGCAGGGGAGACACCGCUUCACGCCGCCGCAAAGACGGGAACUUAUGAGCAGCUACAACUCUUACUUUCGCACUGCCACACGCCCAAAGCCGAGAUCAUGCAAGCACGAAACUCUCACGGGGAAUCACUACUGCACUACGCUGCAGCAGGAGGGCAGGAGGCCACGGUGGAAUUCCUGUUGAAAGCCGGCCUGAAUGCCAACGCCACCAGCAGCAACGGAUGGACACCUCUCCUCUGCGCCCUGUCUCCGACGGCGGGCAAGACCACGCAUGACAUGUGCAUGACGGCCAACUUUCUGCUUCAGAAUGGUGCCGGUCCCAGUGCCGGUGCCGUGACAGACGAGGGAUGGACCGCCCUUCACGCCUUAGCAUCGUGGCCAGCAGUUCAGGAGCCGGAUCUCGAAGCGGAGGUGGCCGAUCUCGCGAGAACUCUCGUCGAUGGUGGCGCCCCCGUUGACGUCAAAUCGAGGGUCGUUCAGAGUCCUUCAAUCGCUGCCUACAUGCUGUGCGAUGUCUGGGGGUUCCGCAUGCGAGACUUUGUCCAGAGGGCCAUCCCGUCGCCGCAGGAUCUGGCACAGGCGGACAGCACUACACCACUGGCAUGGGCCACGAGAUGCAAUGCAACGGUUGUGUGGCCGAACAUGCUGCCCUCGGACGGGUUCAGAAUGGUGGCAGGACACCAGUACGCCUUUGCGCCGCCAAAGCAUCCGUUUUCGGCGUUCAUGCCGCCCACCUGGGUGGCCGAGGGGAUGCCUCCUGCCUGCAUGACCCUUGCCACUGUCAUCACUGGCGAGUUCAACGUUGGCAACCCGGUCCCUCAGGGCACAGACUCCAUGCUAUUCCAGAACCUCUCCAACGAGGACAUCCAGGAGAUCCAGAAUGCUCUCAACGGCUCCGCUUAA